AUGAUCUCCGCGAGAACAUUGGCAGACCGCGACUUCUUCUCAAAGUCUGAUCCUGUAUGCAUUGUUGAAGAGAUGACUACUCGAUAUGCUCGUGAUGAUUCUAAAAACGAAUUCGUGGAGAUUGGGAGGACUGAAUGUAUUAAAAACUCAUUAAAUCCUGUGUGGAACAAGCGAAUAACUCUUGAUUAUUAUUUUGAAAGUAAACAGUUGCUUCGCUUCAAGAUUUACGACAUCGAUUCUGAAUCUGCAAAGUUGUCAGAACACGAUUUUCUAGGAAAAUGUGAAUGCGAGUUAGCGGAUAUUGUUGCAGCUCCUAAUGGAAUUUGUGUGAUGAAAGUCUUCUCAUGUAAAGAUGUUCCUAGACAAGGCGGUUUACUGCUGGUAUGUGCGGAGGAACUCGACGAGGGACAACGUGAUAUUGCACAUUUUUCUCUUAGAGGUGUUGCUCUUAACAGUGGUGGUUCAUUUCUUAGGAAAUGUAUCCUAAAUCCAAAUACAUUUUUGGAAUUCUAUCGACUUUUAUGCGAUGGAAGUGAUUUCCUCAUUGAGUGCUAUGAUCAAAGAGAGGCUACUGGAAACCAUCAUUUGAUCGGAUCAACACAAACAUCCCUUAAUGCACUGACCUCCCAUCAACAGAACCAACUUGAAUUGAUCAAAACAAAAAAGAACAAAGGAGUGCCUUUAAAGGUCCCAAAAGGGAUUCUUCAUUUUAUGGAUGUUCAGAUUCGUAAAGAGUUUACAUUUCUUGAUUUUAUCGCUUCUGGUUUGCAACUUGAAUUUGCAGUUGCAGUCGAUUUGACUGCUUCGAAUGGCGAGAUUUCUAAAUCAAGUUCAUUGCACUAUGUGAACUCACAAUAUUUGAAUCAGUAUGAAUGUGCCAUAUGCGCUGUAUUGGAAAUAUGCGAACACUAUAAUCAUUCCAAAAUGUUUGAAACUAUUGGUUUUGGUGCCAAAAUCCCACCAGCUUUUACAGUUAGCCAUAUGUUCCCUCUGAGGCUUAACAAUUUUGAACGUUCAGUUGAGGGAAUCCAAGGUGUAUUAGAUGCAUAUAGGUAUGCCAUUGUCAACACACAAUUAUAUGGGCCAACUAAUUUUGCUCCUACAAUUCGUGAAUUUGUGCACAAAUGUCAGCAAUUCCCUAGGGACGGUACUAAAUAUCAAGUGCUAUUAAUUUUGACUGAUGGGAUAAUAACUGACAUGCAAAACACAAUAGAAGCAUUAAUUGAGGCUUCGCAUGAGCCUCUUUCAAUUAUAAUAAUUGGAAUUGGCAAAGAAGACUUCAAGAAAAUGGAGUUUCUAGAUUCAGACAACCGUCUUUUGACUUACAAUGGGAAUGUGGCAUCAAGGGAUAUUGUGCAAUUUGUCCCAUUCCGCGAAUUUAUCGGUUCUGCAUGGGGCAUAACGCCUGAAGAACAAGCUAUUCUAAAAACUCUUUUGGGUCGAGAAGUGCUAGCAGAAUUGCCAGCUCAGGUGUGCUCAUUCAUGAAGGCAAAUUCAAUUGUACCCCUUCGAUCUCGAGCCCCAUCUGAAUGCGCUAUGAAAAAGCCACAAAUAUUCGCCCAUAAACAAUUGCAACUUAACUCAAGACUUGGCAGCUUAAAUUCUACAGUAAAUCCUGAUCAGCAACAAUCAGGAACGAGUUUACAGAACUUACCUCCCGAUAUUGAAAGAUUUCCUGAAUCUGUAAUAGCAAAACCUCCAUAUCCUGAAUUUUAA